CCCCUCCCCUCUCACUGGGCGAUUCCUGGGACAGCCUCAAAUCCUGUCUCAGAAGCUCUGAAGGAGUGCAGUUAAUUCACUUUGUGCUUUUUGACAACAUCUAAGAUGGUGCGUGAACAAUACACCACGAUCACAGAGGGCACCCACAUAGAGCGGCCAGAGAACCAGGCUGUCUACAAAAUCGGCAUUUAUGGCUGGAGAAAGCGUUGUCUGUAUUUGUUCGUCCUUCUUUUGCUCGUCAUCCUCCUUGUGAAUCUUGCUCUUACCAUUUGGAUUCUCAGAGUCAUGUGGUUUUCCCCAGUAGGCAUGGGUCACCUGCAUGUUAUGGCAGAUGGACUUCGCCUGGAGGGGGAAUCUGAGUUUUUAUUCCCAUUGUAUGUCAAAGAAAUACGCUCCAGAGCGGACUCAUCUCUGCUUCUGCAGUCUACACAGAAUGUGACCAUGAAUGCACGCAACACGGAAGGAGAAGUCACAGGCAGGUUGAAAGUGGGUCCCCAAAUGGUAGAGGUCCAGAGUCAGCAGUUUCAGAUCCACUCCAAGGAUGGCAAGCCACUGUUCACUGUGGAUGAAGAGAAAGUCAUGAUUGGUACAGAUAAACUUCGAGUAACUGGGCCUGAAGGGGCUCUUUUUGAACACUCGGUGGAGACGCCCCUCGUAAGACCCGACCCACUCCAGGACCUCAGACUAGAAUCCCCGACACGGAGUCUCAGCAUGGACGCCCCCAAAGGCGUUCACAUUCAAGCCCCUGCGGGGAAGAUCGAGGCCCUUACCCAGAUGGACAUCGUUCUUCAGAGCAGCGAUGGGACGCUUAUGCUCGACGCGGACACUGUGUUUUUGCCCGAGCUGGCUCUGGGGAGUCAGGGGCCCGCAGGCAGCUCGCAGGGGCUCUAUGAAGUCUGUGCAUGUCCAAAUGGGAAGCUCUACAUGUCUGUGGCCGGCGUGGGUACCACGUGCCACGAGCACAGUCAUCUCUGCCUCUAAACCAUCGGCACCACCCCCAGGGAGCAUCUGCUAUGUCUCGGUGCGCUCAGCAGUGCAGACCUCAGCCUUCCCAGCUGGAGCCACUCGACAACGGUGAGCUGAGUUUGCGUGUGGGAGUUUGAAAGGAGCUCAAACGUACCACUGAAAAUAUUCCUGUGAAACUGUGAUCUCAGAGUGGAGCUUAGACACAAAAGUCCAAGGAUCAGAAUCAUUGUGACUUUCCCUGUCCUGUGUGUGUCGGUCUGUGAUGGGAUGUUGGGCUGCUGUGUGAAAUGGAUGCAUGGAUGUGUGAUGCUCAGCUGGAGACCUCUGACCUCCCGUGAGAGUAGUCUGAGUCCUGCCCAGGUGCCUCAGAGUUCUCUGAGGUUUUCCACUGUGUCAAUCAAUUCUGCAGGAGCUGUAUUCAUUUCAACGCAAAGUGUGUCUGGUUUCAGAAUAAAAUCUUCAAGUUUUAAAAGGAUGUUGAGAUUGAUCUGACUUUCAGAAUGUGGUCAGAGGAAUAAAUUGUACACAACUGAUCAUGUUUCUUUAUAUAGUCCAUAAGCAAUAAAAAUCAACCUACAUUUUUCAUAGA